AUGACCCUUUUAGAAAAGGGACCUGCGUCCGGGGCUGCCAGCCCUGUCCUCAGCGAGACGCACGCCGUGCUUAUCUAUUGUGACGGCGAGGCGCGCGUGGCGGACGGGCCUCGGGCCGUCCUCGCGGUGAGGACGCGCCAAUGUGAGGGCGGCUGCGGCGCGCGGGUCAGUGGAGAGGACGGCGUGCGAGGCGCAAGAACAUGAAAUGAUGGAAGGGUUCCCAGCAGUCGAAGUGGCAACAGCAUCUUACGAACAAUGGCAGAGAUGAAGAAUGGUGGAACGAGUGGAAGCGAAGACACAAAAAGAAAAGAGAGGAGAAGGAGAAUCGCGGGAGAGGAGAACAAGAAGAAGCCGCGGUGGUGCUAGGGGCUCCCAUAAAGCACCGCAGCUCCGUAACCGCCUCUACCCGCCCAUUGGUCGUCGUCAUGGAAACGCGGAAGGAUACGCCGGGAGCCUUCUUCUCUUCCACGUGAUAAAUCUCCCGCCGCGCGUUCUCCUUCCGCCGCCCCCCCCGCCCCCUCUCCCGCUGCUUCCUUCUCUCACCCGACCCUCUCUCUCUUCUUCUUCUUCGUCUUCUCCUCCUCCGCAGCCUUCUUUCUACUCCGCGGCG